AUGUCGGCGGGAAACAAGAGGGGCGCUUUCAUUGUCAUGGAAGGUCUGGACCGAUCCGGAAAGAGCACCCAAGCCGCCCGUCUCCUGGAGCGAUUACAGAGGGCAGACGCCCGCGUCAAACUGCUCAAGUUUCCUGACCGCACGACUGGGAUCGGAAUAACAAUCGACUCCUACCUUCGCUCUGAAUCAGAGCUGGACGACCGAGCCAUCCACCUGCUCUUCUCUGCGAAUCGAUGGGAGCUCGCGUCGUCGAUUGAGGAAUCACUGCGGGCGGGGUCCACCGUACUCUGCGAUCGCUACGCGUUCUCUGGCAUAGCUUUCUCCGCGGCCAAAGGCCUCCCAUAUGAAUGGUGCCGUGCACCCGAUAUCUCGCUCCCUGCUCCUGAUGUUACGAUAUUCCUGGACAUCACGCCGGAGAAGGCGAAGCAGCGCGGCGGGUACGGCGAAGAGCGGUACGAGAAGGAGGAGAUGCAAAGAAUGGUGCGGGAGGUAUUUCAGAGGAUUGGUAGCGAAACAAGCAGAGAGCAAAGGUGGGUCGUCGUGGACGCAGGGCAGGACAUAGACCUCGUCACGGAGGACAUCUGGAGAAUAGUGGAACCCCUCGUGAGUGGGGUCCUCGGUCCUGUAACACGAUUGUGGGAGACAGGAAGUAACACGUCUAUUAUUCCUUCAUAA